UGUAAGUAACCAUACAAGAUGGCAGCUUCUAUGAACUCAGAACAAUCUUGACUUGUUACUUAUUUGUGCCAGUGGUUAUUCAAGCAUGUUUAGCUUCCCUCGACAGUGUUGCAAGCAUAUCGGCUUAUCUCGUCGAUAUUGUUCAAGAAAUGUUAGAGAUGGUCAAUAUUGCUUAGACCUCGUAAGGAAACAAGAUUAUGAAGGAUUCCUAGUAUCUCUUCUCAUGCCUGACACAUCACGCUCUGCUGCGAUUACUCUCCGAGCUUUCAAUGCUGAACUAGCUUCAGUCAGGGAUUCUGUCUCAAAUGUUCACAUUGGUAAAAUGAGACUCCAGUUUUGGAAAGAUGGUCUAGAAAACAUUUAUGCAGGGAAACCAUCUCAUCAACCUAUUGCCAAGGAACUCUUCAAAGCAGUCAAUCGACAUAAGCUAUCAAAGAGAUGGUUAUCACAGAUGAUAAAGGAACGAGAGAAUACCUUAGAAGAUAAACCUUUUCCCAGUGUGGCUGAUGUGGAAACUUAUGCAGAAAAUACCUCUUCCUCGUUGCUCUACCUCGUGCUUCAGUCAUUAGGUAUUCAAGACGUGCAUGCAGACCAUGCUGCUAGUCACAUAGGAAAAUCUCAAGGCAUUGUCAACUUGAUCAGGGGGAUACCCCUCCUAGCUCAGAGGAGGGAUGUUCUCAUUCCAAUGGAACUCACAAUAAAGUAUGACCUAUCACAAGAGGACAUUAUCCGGGGCAACAGGUGUCAGGACAUGAAGGAUAUGACCUUUGAAUUAGCUAGUCUUGCAAAUUCACAUCUUAUACAUGCUCGUGAGCUGAAGAAGGACGUUACACCUGGUGCUAUCCCAGCAUUCCUUGCCACUGCUCCACUUGAAUCCUACCUUAAGAGAAUUCAGCGAGCGGACUUUGACGUCUUUCAUCGAUCUCUCUCAAAUAGAUAUCCACUCCUCCCAGCUAAAAUCUGGCUCCAGAACUUCAGGAAAACUUACUGAAUUUGCUUGUGACACAGAAUGUCUGUAACCCAGCCAUGUAUGGCUCAUGAUCUAGGCCCAGUCUGAUUGACAAUAUGACAUGGUUCAACCUUAAAGAUAACCCGACAUAUCAAAGAGUUUUUUGUCUGAUGGUUCAAAUAGCUUCAAAAGUUCCCCAAAGUCACUGAAUGAACUUCUAAGAAAAGCUGCAAGUUUUCAAAGAAUAUUUCAUUGUUUCUGGAGGAGAUAGUACACAUAUUAAAUCAAGUCAAAGAAAAUGUUCAAUUUUGCAUGACUCUGUGUACUCUUUCAUAUGAAGGCCACUUAACUUUAUACUUGCAGAUCCUUGGAUUUCAGGGUUUAAGUGUAGAAAUCAUCCAAGACACAGAAAUAUAUGUACCAGUACUGUUACUACAAAUUCUCGUUAUAACAAGGUAAUGUUGCUGAUCUCACUUCUUUCUAUUCAGAGAUGCCAAGUUCAAAGAUCGGCAAUGCGUGACAUUUUCAUGAUUCGGCGCGCAAGUGCGCGUGCGAGGGUAUAACACACGUAUAAGGUAUAGCUUUUUUUCAAAAUCUAGCGGGCGCGUUGUGCAUAAGAGCAUUUUCAGACCUUCGAAAUGCGUGAUGUCACGCCUAAUGCGUGAUACGUGGUAGCUCUGUCUAUUCUAUUGUUGUGUUUAGCCCUGAUCUGAAGAAGUUCUGUUAUAUAUAAGUUUCUAUUUUUUGCCCCAAGGCAUUUGUAAUUAGGUGUCACUGUAAUGAUAUACUGUUUUUACAACUUCAAAUAUUAUCAGAGUUUAAAUCACAAGUUAAGUCAGGUUUGCAUGCCUUUGAAUUUAGAAGAAAAACAACAACUUUGAAUUGCAUACUCUUUCAUGAUUUAUAACAUAUCAUUUAUAUCAAGAUCUUUUAUUAUUUUAAUAUGUGUACCGGUACUGCUAGUAAGUACAUGUAGUACACCAUCGAACCAAAGAUUUUUUCUUCCAUUACUGACGUUGUAUAAUGUGAACAGAGUUUGUAGAACAUGAAUUCUGGUAGAUGAUCUAAUUAGUCAUUGUACACCAACAUAUUAUCUACCUAAAAUUUUUUCUUCAGAGCAGCAAUUGUGCAACUUUCUGCUGUACUUUUUAAGACAUUCAUAUACUGUAUAAUCAGAAACUUACACUACAUGAAUCUUUUAUGAUUUGUAAAUCACUAGUUUUUUCUCGGUUUGUUUAACUGCGACUGAUUAAUUUCAUGGCAUUAAAACUGUAGUGAAUCUGCACCACUCACAAACACUGCCAACAUGUCAUGCGUGCACAGGUUUAUGGCAUUACAGUAAACAUUUUCCUGUUUUGUGUUCUUUUUAAUUAACUAUAGUAUUUAUUUUGUACAGUAUACAAACAAAUGAAUAAAUGAACAACUUUAAAUAGAA